AUGCCUCUGCUCGUCGAACAAGGUACAGGACCUUGUCUCCUUGGCAGAUCUUGGUUUGACGACUUGGGAAUCGGAAUGCAAGGCAUUCACUCGUUUUCGGACUCUGCGACAAAGUGGCUAAACCACAAGGUUUUCCAAGAAGGACUAGGGCAGUUCACAGGACCUCCGGUGUCGGUUGAUAUCACUCCAGAUGCCAUUCCCAUUUUCAAGAAGUUCCGACCUGUACCGUUCGCACUUAAAGAAAAAGUGGAUGCAGCGAUUGACAAAAUGGUACAGGACGGAGUUUUGGAGCCGGUUGCAUACUCAAAAUGGGCAACACCGACUGUGCCUGUAUGCAAACGGGAUGGAACUAUUCGGAUCUGCGGUGAUUACAAAUGCACGGUGAACACGGGGAGUUCACCGGAUACCUAUUCGUUACCUACAGCCACAGAAAUCUUCGCCAUAUUAUCAAACGGCAAGUUGUUCACGAAGCUGGACCUUAACCAGGCUUACCUGCAACUGCCCCUAGACGAGAACUCAUCAAAUAUCCUGACACUCAAUAAGCCUCGAGGUUUGUUCAGAGUAAAGCGUCUGCCUUUCGGCGUUUCGGCAGCACCCGGAAUUUUUCAACGCGUGAUGGACACGAUGCUGAAAGGGAUUCCCGGCGUAGCAACAUUUUUGGACGACGUCAUAAUAUCCGGUUCGACACCCCACGAACAUGACCAACGUGUUCAAGCAGUACUUGACAAGCUGCGUCAAGCAGGCUUGCGAGUAAACCACCGCAAGACGCUGUUUGCUAAAGAUGAGCUAGAGUUCCUCGGUUUCCACAUCAAUGCUAAAGGGAUCCAGCCUUCAAAAAGCAAAGUUGCGGCGAUUCACAAUGCUCCAGAGCCUACGAACAAAAAAGAACUACAGGCUUUCUUGGGGCUGGUGAAUUUUUAUGAACGGUUCCUACAGAACAAGGCCACGCUACUCGAACCACUAAACCGACUUCUCGACAAAAAUGCGAAGUGGGACUAG